AUGUCUACCGAGACUACCAUGUCUACCAGGACUCCCAAGUCAAUACUCAAAAAGUCCUCGGGCACUGGGAAGCUCGCAGCAGACAGAGCAGCCGCCGAUAAAGCCCGUCAGGUAGCCGUCACACAUGCCAAGAUCAUACACCAGCAGCGCGACCACCAGGACCAGAUCACCGACACCCUUAUGGAGCUAUGCAAGCUGCCCCUCCUCCGCGAAUCUCCCUACACCUCGAGCAACCCCGCACCUUCUGACGCUGCCGCUUUCAAGUCUGGCAUCCGCCUUUUCCAACCGGGAGACUACGACGACUUGAUCGAGGAGCGCAAUGCGAGUGGGCUCUGUGGCUAUACGCUGUGUCCCUCGCCGCGCAGGCGUGUUCAGGGGGGAGAAUGGAAGAUUGUCGGUGCCAACAUCCUCCCCAAGAAGGAGGUCGAGAAGUGGUGUUCACAAGCGUGCGCAAAGCGCGCUCUGUACGUCAAGGUCCAACUCAACGAGACAGCACCUUGGGAAAGGGCCGGCAUCAACAGUAUCAAAAUAGAUUUGUAUGAAGAGCCAGACCGGAAUCUUGCCAACGACAUGAACAACCUGAAGCUAGAAUCGCAACCCAAAAACGUGAGGGACACCGUCAAAAACGCCAGAGACCUGGCACUGGAACGAGGAGAUCAAAAUGAAAAGGGCAAAGAGCCUUCUAUACCGGUCAUUGUCAAGGACAAAGCUAUCUCUACAGCUGCAGAAGCACCGUCGUGGAACGAAAUGGGUGAUGGCCACCUUAUUCUCGAAGGCUACAAAACGAAAACGGGCAACGAGGCGCAUAGCAAUUGA